GUUUUCUUUAUUGAUAUUUCAAUUUCUGUGACAAAUCAUGUGUGACGUCGAAGUAUCUUACAUUACAAUCAUUUCGAGCUUAAAUAAUAGAAAAUACAGAUGGAAAGGAACGUCAGUUGAGAAAACGUGAACAAGAAAAAGGCAUUUGCCAAUUUGUUCCAAUCUAGGUAAAACCACAACAACUGAUGACGUAGCAGAAGUGUUGCGUCUUAGUUCAAGCGAUUCGUCCUUGAAUAAUCGGAAAAUGGGAUAAAGUUCAACACCCCUCGAGACCGCGGUGCAUCCUCCCCCGCAAGUGACCCAGCAUCCCCCAUCGAAUCAAUACCCCCCUUCAAGUCGAGGGAAGAUCACCCCGAUCCCAGAGACAGGGUCUCCCGAAACGGGCGCCUUCGCCAUUCCUCGGGUCGCCGCCGCCAGACCGCGCGACGCUGAAAAUAGAGGGCCGGCAGCAGCGCCGCGACGCCGUGCGUCCAAACUCCGGUCCUAGCACACGUUUCCGCGUAUUUUAACGAUUCACGCCGACCGAACGGGGGGACCGAGUCAUGUGGCGGAUGCAAUUCGACUGUUGCAGUGGCGCUACGUUUACUGAUCGAUAGCCAUGACCAGGCGAUAUGUCCGACAAAGUUCACGACCAGGCCCGCGAUCCCAAAUCGCAGGAUGUCAUCAGGUGCAAAGUUAAAAUCUACAAACUUAGCAACAAUAUGCAGAGGUGUCCGUACAUCCACGAGAUGAAAGAGCGUCUCCUGGGAGAGCAGAUACCUAUGGAACCCGUCCCCAAGAAAAUACCGACGCCUCCGCCUUUCAAUAUGGACCAACAACAACUUUUACAACAACAACCAGUAGCUACUAUUGUUAAGUUAAAUCCAGAUGGAUACGGAUCUCACACGUCACCAACACAUCAUCGUGCCGACCGAACCCCAUUAAUGCCUAAACAACCCGAAGAUGAGUUCCACUAUGUCGAAAGAACUUCAUAUCCUAAAAAUGCCAAGACAUCACUGUUCAUUAUCAUGAGCUUCGUCUAUGCGAAGAUCUUGGUAGUGAUAUGCGUAGCGUCCGUGAUAUCCGACGUGGUCACCCACAACAUCCCCCUUUACGAGUACUACUACGAGGGCUUCUUCACCUACCUCUACGGCAUGAGCAUCCUGUUCCUGCUCUACGUGUUCUGCUUCCUGCUCCAAGAGAGCACAUGCUGUUCCGGUGGCGAGAAGGAGGUGGUGGUGAAGAAGCCGUCGAAACAAAAGGCCAAGGAAAAGGAGAAGGAGAAGAAGAAGGAGGAGGAGAAGAAGAAGAAGGAGGAGAAGGAGCGUCAGAAGAAGGAGAAGAAGGAGAAAGAAAAGGAGAAGGAUAAGAACAAGGACAAGAAGGACAAGAAGCAAGAGAAGAGGGAGAAACUCCCACGUAAGAUGCGUGAUGUGGUCCAACAAAGGUCGACAAUCCUGAACCAUCAGAGCACGUACCGCCGCAACUCAGAGGGGGUGGUCGAUUCGAGCGUGCCGGUGCCGGUCGCCGAGCUCGAGAAUCAGUCUCAAGUCGACACAUUGCAGGAACAGACGCCGGCGGCUCCUGCACCGCCGCCUGCGGCCCCACAGCCGCUACCGUCCGCCGCGGGAAACAAUUCGGUCGACGUCGAAGCGGGUACCGUGGUCAAGGUCAAGAGGAAGAGGAAGACCACGCAAAAUGACCAGAGUCACGGCAGCUUCUUCCUUAGAAUUGGUGCUAUUGCAUUCGGCUUGGGUACAAUGAUCUACAAUGGUUUGGAAUUUGGCACGUUCUUUGAAGUACCAUUUACACCCGCAUGCUACAUGAUCCUUCGUGGUGUAAAUCCCCUUCUUCAAAUGAUCUUCACAUUCAUGCAAAUGUAUUUCAUUUUCAUGAAUUCACGCUUGAAUAUUCACCGUUUUAAAGUUGUCGCUAGAUUCGGUUUAAUGCACGUUGUUGCUACAAAUAUCUGCGUAUGGAUUAGAACUUUACUUGAUAAUAUUAAAGAGAUUACCAAUCAUCAUUGGAAGAUGCUAAACGACACCUUUCCAACUAUUGCUCCAACUCCCGUACCAAUCCAACAAAAUCCGUUUAGAGCAACUGCUGCCAAAGCAAUUACAGAAAUUCCACAUGUAGCUGCAACAACCCUUCAAAAUCUAGUUCAAAGCACAGCUCGUACCGCUGCCACCAAAUUGAACGAAGUGGCCACCACAUUGCCAACUACCACCACCACCACUCACGUAUGGACCACACCGAAGCCGGUGCCAACGACGCUAUUCCGGAUGUUCCACACAAAUGCUCCGCAAAUUUUCACUACCCCAUCGACCACCACAACCACCACUCUCAAAACUACUGCGAAUCGUUUCUGGGAGGCGGUAACCACAACUAUUGCUAGCACCACGACAGCUUCCACGACCACCUCAACUACUUCGGCACCCAUGAGAAACUUCAUGGAUUUCAGAACCUUCAAUAACUUUGCUGCUAACGAUGUGGCUGCUGUGGCUGAAGAAGCAAGCUUCCCUGAAGAACUCGUUAACAGCGUCAGCGAAAAUGGAACCGAACUCAUCCAAGAUAUCAUACCGCAAGCUUUCAGAGCUUUCAACUUCAGUAGUAACACCAACGACAGUUGCGCCAGAGUUAACAUCAUGGGAACCAUCGUCCAAGACUCAGCUCCAUACCUUUUCCCCUUCAUUAUUGAAUACUCAUUAAUCGGUGCUGCCGUCAUCUACGUCAUGUGGAAACACAUUGGAAGAAAUCCCAGAUACGUGACCCAGGAGGACCUGGAGCACCGUCUUGAAAUCAUGUUGUCUCGUAGGGCCGUGGCCAUGGCGCAGGCCCACCAAGGCCGUGUAGACUGCGUGGGCGCUUCCAAGGGUUUAUUCUUUGGCCUCUUGAUGCUGGUCGCCUCCCUCAUCUGUCUGAUACUGUUCUUCGUCCUCAUCCACCACCGCGACUUUGGACUUCUUGCGAUCUAUCUCGCCGACGUCUCACAUUGCGUGCUCAUGGUGCUCAGCAUCUUUGCCAUCAUCAUAGGAUUUAUCAGAAUGCGCCUGACGUCAUCGCGCCUCAAUUGCAGGGUACAACACCUCAAAUUCAAGACGGAAGAGCAAAGCGAUCUCAAUGACAUCCUGUUGCGCGUCUCCGCCUUCGGACUGUUCCUCUAUGCCGUUUUCAGCGUCAUCGCCGGACACUUGAACGCCUUUACUAAAGAACCCAAUCUUCUCGUCAUGAUCACUGGUGUGCUUUCGGUGGUCCAGGUUCUUUUACAAUUGCUGUUUAUAGCCGACGUUUCACGUCGCAGAGUUCACCUUCCGGAACACGAUCGCUCCAAGCCAGGCAGACAAGUGGUUACGUUCCUGUUGAUCUGCAACGUAACUAUGUGGAUAAUAUACACGUUCGAGACCCAAAAAGUAGAAGCUAAUCCGGUGCAACUUGAAUUUUACGGCUUUUUAGCCUGGGCUAUUGUGCAACGUAUCACUUUGCCCCUUUGCAUCUUCCAUAGAUUCCAUUCGGCUGUUACUCUAGCCGAAAUCUGGAAGACCAGUUACAAGGCUAGACUGGAGUAAACGGUGGAUUUAGUUAGAUUGAUUUUACUGGGAUUUUUUAUUGGAUUCAGCUGCUCAGUUAUAUGCGGCCAGGAGCCGUUGUAAUUUGAUGGUCUGAUGAUUUUUGCUCACGUGUAAAAACCAAGCUUUAAGUUUAUUUUUGUUUUGUUUUAUAUAUUUUAUUUUUUUGUUGAUGAGUUUAGUUUUUGUCCAAUAUUGGUAAUUUAGCAAGAAAAUUGUUAAUUUGUCCUACGAGGAAACAACAAUUUUUGAUUUCCGAAGUACAACAAAAACAAAAAACACAAAGACUGAUUGCACUAGUCAAGACACAGCUUUAUUACUUAUAUGUAUAUCAUAAAAACUGGUUGAGGGAAACAGGCAAAUUAACAACUUUGUUGGACAAAUCGAAUAGAUAGGUACUUAUACGCACACAUUUCUAGAAACUAAGAAGAACGUUCUUGCUCCAAACCAACAGUAUAACUAUUUAAAAUCUAUAUAAACCGUAUUCGAUGUUUAGGCUUAACCAUAAACAGUUGGUUUGCUACAAAAUGUUCGGUGUCGAGGCAAUUUCCACUUCACCUCGGUUUGGUUUUACAAAUUGAGGUCCGGGGAAGUGGUGGUUGCUUCCACGAUAUAACGUUAGUUAGAUUUUGCUACAUAUAUCAGACAACAGAAGAUAUAGCAUCAGUGUUACACAUAUAUUACCUAUUAACUUGGAUGUUAGAAUAGAAGUUUCAUUGAAAAGGUUUAUUCACAAUACCUAUACAUUUUUAUAUAUUAUACAGCGCUACUCACCGAUUCAACUGUAGUAUAGUUCAAUGUUGGUAAAUGUGUGUAUAUAAAAAUCAAAUAAUUGAUAGAAUUUGUUCGAAGAAACUGGUAAACAAUUGUGUAAUCAAUAGGAAUAACUUUUUUUUAUUGAUCUAUGAACGUUUUUUCAACCAGCAAAGUUUUCAUAUUUCAACCAUCUCAAAAUUUUCUAUGAACCAUGCAAUGACCAGAUACCAUAAUCUUAUAUCUUAACGUAAAUAUCAUGACUCCCAAAGCGCUGCCUCAAAUAUUUUCGAUUGUACAAAUAUUUGCGGGAUUGCAUUUAGCUGUUAUCCAAAGUACUGCUUGUAAUUUUUGAGGACCACCAACUUCUACUGAAUACCAAAACAAACCGAUGAGACUUUUCAACAGCAGAAAAUUUAGAAUUUUCGAUUUUUCCAUAUAUGUUUUGAAUGUUUUAUUUUCUAAUUGUCAAGUUCAACGACCAAAGCGUAAUUGGUACAAGUUAUAUAUAUAAACAUCAUCUUUUACAUAGCAAAGUAAAAAUUUUUAAACACCUAUUUUGAUUGCUAGUGGUACCUGUUUGAAUUUGAUCUUUAUUAUUAGGUAAAGAUGUAAGUUCACAUGCGGUUUAGCAAGCAUUUUAAUCGUUAUAAAAUGUGAUUCCAUUAUACAAAUGUAAUAUUUAAAACCGUAAGGAAAAGAUUAAUGAUAAAUAAUCAUUGUUCUUGUAAGGUUAACUUGUAUACAUAUUAAUUGUCUUGUGCUAAACAGGGAAGAUUGAUAACAAGUAAUCGAAUCGUCAGUACCGCUUUUCGAUAUGCGGACUUUUUAUAAACCUUCUCUGAAUAAUACUGUGUGUUAUCAUAAACAGAAAUAUAUAUGAUAUUAAGAAACUUAUAUAUAAGUAAUGUUAUAGCUAUAGAGAUUGAACAAUAUUGUCAUUUAUGUAUAUAAAUAUUUUAAUUCUCUCAUUAUUUAUUUUAAAAUUAUUUUAAGGAAUACGUAUAUAGGUAUGUAAGAAAUUGCGGGCGCUCUCCGGGCAAAUCCCGCCGUUUUAAAUAAUAAAAAAGUAUGUUAAUGUGUAGAAAUAUAAACUUUUCGCUCAAAUGUCCAAUUUAAGUCUCGAUCUGGACUUAAAAUGUUUUAGAUGGGCUUGAUCGUACUCAAAACACUGCCGUUUUCUCUAAAUGUUCGACGUCUAAUCAUCUAAUCAUUCGUCAGUUUUAUUCCAAUCGCAAAAUAACGUAACUCAUUUUAAUUAUUUCAUACAAAUAUUCUUAAAUUUGAUAUUUAGUAACAUUGUGAGUAACUUACUGUAAUACUUAAAUGAUAGAUUGUCGUUUUAUUAAAUUUUACAUUGUUUAUUUAUUUAGAUUAAUAAAACGAAUGAAAAAUAUUGAA